UUCCGACCAGUGCCCAGUCUAGCUCGACAGCCCACAAAUCUCAACAGACCUCCAGCAAAUAUACCUUCCGCUUGCAGACCAUGGAGAAGCACGGUGUGGUACCAGAUGUCAGUGACUCAGCACCAAAAGGCACUUUGCAGGUCGAGUACGGAGGGCAGAAGGUGGACUCUGGGAACGAGCUGACUCCAACCCAGGUGAAAGAUAAGCCCACGGUUCUGAAGUGGGACAGCGAACCGGGAGCCCUCUACACCCUCAUUCUAACAGACCCUGACGCGCCCAGCCGUGCCAACCCAGAGUACAGAGUGCACCACUGGCUAGUGGCCAACAUUCCCGGAAAUGACGUCAGCAAGGGGGAGGAGCUAUCUCAGUACGUUGGGGCGGGGCCACCUCAGGGAACAGGCCUCCAUCGUUACGUGUUCCUGAUCUACAAGCAGCCUGGGAAGAUUUCCUGUGACGAGCCCAAACUUACCAACACUUCCGGUGACAACAGAGGGAAGUUCAGCACUCGUGACUUUGCCAAGAAGUACACCCUGGGCUCGCCCGUGGCGGGAAACCUGUUCCAGGCACAGUAUGACGACUACGUGCCCGUCCUGUACAAACAACUCGGCUUCUAACCGUUACCAUGCCAACAGAACUUCGUAGAAAUGCCUGUUAUAGUGUACUGUGUAGCAAUAUGAGUCUAUACAACUCUGCUAUCAUGCAGCAAGAUUAAACUGUAAUUUCCAACACAAGAAAUUGGACUCGCCCAAAUUUUCGACUGUACAACUCCAGUCUUUGUCAAGGAAUGAACAAUCCACCGCUUCCGUGACGUCACGCAGAUAACACACGUGACUAUGUGAGCAGUGGAUCAUAGGUUGCAGAAAGUCUGUGGCGCCCCCCGUCUCUGUUGACUCUGAUCCACUGCUCACGGAGUCACGUGUGUCAUCUGCGUGACGUCACGGAAGCGGUGGAUUGUUCAUUCCUUGACAAAGACUGGAGUUGUACAGUCAAAAAUUUGGGUGAGUCCAAUUUCUUGUGUUGGAAAUUACAGUUUAAAUCAGCUGCAUAAUGACUUCUACCAACACAGAUGAACUUUCAAGAUAACUCUACUAUUAUUGACUUAUAAGUAAGCGAAAUAGAUUUUUUGUAUGCUUUUGAUGAAAUACUAUCAGUGAAGUCUUGAUGUAGGACAUACGAAUGCAUCGAUCAAUAAAUCUGCUUUACAUUUGACAAA